AUGAAGUCAAUACACCUGAUAAUUUUAGGUUUACUUGCAUUGCUAAGCCAUAAUUCCAAGGGAGAUUACUAUACAUCCAUAGCGAGUUUAUUCGAUCUGCUGGAUGUAGAAACGCGCGCCAUUGCUUACGUUGAGAAAUAUAUGGAAGAAAUGGAAGAAAUCAGUAGGCAAGUGAACAAUACACUCCAACAGUUAGAACGCGUUGCGAAAGAGGCCGAUAAUGACCCAAAAGAUUACUAUGAGAAUCCAUUGAAUGCCUAUAAAAUUAUUAGUCGAUUUGCAAUCGAUUGGCGGAAUUUGCAUAAGACUCUGUUUGAUGAAAAACCAACACAAAUUUUUUCAGAUAAUCUUCCUAAUACUGCAAACGUCGAGGAAGCAAAUGUUCCUGAGCCCACCCACGAUGAUUUGGUGGGUGCAAGCAAAGGUUUAGCACGUCUGCAAAACACCUAUCGACUAGAAACAAUCGACGUGGCUGAGGGUUAUCUGAUGGAUUGGAAUUAUUCGCAAAAUUUCACUGCAAGCGAAUGCUACUGGCUAGGCCGUAGCUUAUAUGCGGCGGGCGAAUACAAAUAUGCGGCCGAGUGGCUUAUGCAGGCGCGUUUACGUUUAGUCGAGGAGUUGAAGGCGCCCGAUGAAACGUGGCAGUUGGAGCGAAUUACAGAUGUGCAGGUGCUUGAAUUUCUGGCACCUAGCAUGCAUCAUCUAGGAAAGAGCAAAUUAGCGAUACUUUUAAACGAUAAACUUUUGGAACAGGAUCCCACAAAUGUACAGGGAUUGCAAAGCAAAGCACUUUACUCGGAGAAGGCACUUGAGGAGCGACAUGCCAAGUCACUCGAGAAUUUGUCCCAUAUAAUGCCGCAGCGCCCCGAAAUCGAGAAGCUCUUUGAUAGCGUAUGCAAUGGUGAGGUGCAUCAAACUCCUCGUGAACAACGUAAUCUUCGCUGCCGUUAUGUACACAACAAUGUACCCUUUUGUUUCAUAGCACCCUUCAAAAAGGAAGAGCUUAAUCACGAUCCCGCAGUCGCAUACUAUCACGAAGCCAUUUACGACAGUGAAAUCCAGCGAAUUCUCGAUCAAUCCGUAGACAAGGUGGAGCGUUCGAUGGUCGGCGGUGGAGAAAAUCAUAAUACCUCUGAUGUGCGUACAAGUCAAAAUACCUGGCUUGACUUUAAUGAGCACAGUUUCCUGAAUAACAUGGCUCAACGGUUGAGGGAUAUAACGGGCUUGGUAUUGGAAACUGGCGAGCAAUUGCAAGUGGCGAAUUAUGGUAUUGGUGGACAUUAUGGCGCGCACUAUGAUUUCACGGAGGUAGACGAAGAAGACAAUUUUGACGGCCAAGGAAAUCGACUUUUAACUGCAUUAUUUUAUAUCAAUGAUGUGGAGUUAGGCGGCGCCACCGCGUUCCCUUAUCUACGCUUGGCUGUGCCUCCCAUAAGGCGUAGUAUGGUCGUUUGGUAUAAUAUGCAUAAAUCGUUAGAGGUGGACUAUCGCACAAAACAUGGAGGUUGUCCAGUUUUGAUGGGCACAAAGUGGAUUUGCAACGAAUGGUUCCACGAAGCCGAGCAAGAAUUCAAAAGACCGUGUGGCUUAGAAAGUGAUAGUCAUAAAUCCUUAAAAUUUAAGAAUUUUUUGUAG